GGAAAACCAGACUUAAAUACAACUUUACCCAUCAGACAAACCGCCUCCAUUUUCAAACAACCAGUCACCAAAGUUACCAAUCAUCCCAGUAACAAAGUGAGAUCUGAUCCUCAACGAGUGACGGAGCAGCCACGACAGCUUUUCUGGGAGAAGAGGUUACAAGGUCUCAGCGCAUCGGAUGUCAGUGAACAAAUCAUCAAAUCCAUGGAGCUGCCUAAAGGUCUUCAAGGAGUGGGCCCAGGUAACAACGACGACACCCUGUUAUCAGCUGUUGCUAGUGCUUUGCACACCAGUUCUGCACCUAUCACGGGACAACUCUCUGCAGCUGUUGAGAAGAACCCAGCUGUCUGGCUGAAUACAUCUCAACCCCUCUGCAAAGCUUUUAUAGUCACGGAUGAUGACAUUAGGUAA